AUGUUUUCUGACCAACCCAGAAAGUUUUAUGCAGUUGUUGUCAGUCAACGUGUAGGCAUACACCGUACGAAGGAUUCCGCCCUUAGCUCACUUGGUGGUUCCACCUUUCCGUGCUGGAAAGAACUGCCAACAUUUUGGGAUGCACUAGCCUUCAUGAUUGUCAAGGGCAUCGAGGAGCUUCUAUUGGAUAUUCCUAUUCCCAAGUAUAAAGGUAGCCACGUCCAUUUGAUUGCGACAGACUCGUCAGAUUCGGAAUCGGGUGUGGACAACACUGUACCGGCUACGCUUCCUGUUGCAUCAAGCACGAGUGAGGAUACUCCCACUCCUGGCAUUCCUAUUACAUCAACUGCAAAUGAGAAGAACAUGGCGUUCAUGACAGGUAGUGACCCAAGCGUGACGUGGGGGAGCGGUGUCGCACCCUCCCCUAUCAUUUACACCCACGUGCGCACCCUGCGUGGUGUCAUCGAGAGUCGCUUCUAUCACUCAGAAUGGGUUUCCCCUCCUGCCGUCGCUGCUGACGUUCUGGGUGUCCACGCAGUCAAGUAUUUGGAAACUCAUGGUUAUGUUCAGUCUGCCAUUGCAACUAUUGUGGAGAUCUAUUGUACCUCACACAGUGAGCAGGACUUCGCACUCGGACUCACGCGGCUUGGCCUCCCUCUUGCAGAGGGCUUCUUCUUGUGGUACUUGUUUAAUCUGUAGCCUGCAAUUCCAAGCUUACCAUACUUUUUGUACGAACAUCUCGCACGUGUACUGCCAAUCUGUGGUACUUUUUUUUACGAAACUUUCUGAAAUACGACUGUUGGAUUGUACUGCC